AGCACAGCAUAACAUCAAAAUACUUAAAAAACGUGCGCGUACGCAUGAAAACAUAAACACUAGCAGUACUCUCAGAUGACAUGCAACGGUCAGAGUGAACGGACGUGUGUAGUGAUUGUGUAAUAGCCCAAUUUGUUGUGAUCAAUAAAAAGUCAAGAUGUCAGUACUCCGUGCCAUAGCAGUAUUCCUGUGCGGAUUCCUGUCGCUCAGACUAUGCAGAGCGCAGAUCAUCAUGCCUGGAUCCUGUCCUGAUAUGAAGGCGAUGGAUAACUUCGAUGCAGCACGAUACAUGGGAAAAUGGUAUGAAGCUGAGAAGUAUUUCUUCGUGUUCGAGUUUGGGGGCAAGUGCAUCACAGCUGACUACAGUUUGAAGGAAAAUGGAGUCGUUGGUGUUGUGAACAGGCAAAUAAAUAUACUGUCAGGAACUCAAUCGGAGAUCCAAGGGCAGGCAACCCAAGUGAGCAGGUCUGAUGAAGCGAAGCUUGCUGUAUCAUUCCCAUCACUCCCAGUUAACGUGGAGGCUCCAUACUGGGUCAUCGACACUGAUUACGAUUCUUAUGCUGUCGUCUGGAGUUGCUAUGAGUUUGGACUGUUCCAUACAGUGAACGCAUGGAUUCUUACCAGAGAAAGGAACCCACCAGUAUCAGUGCUAGAGAAAGCAUACGCGGUACUAGACAAGAACCAGAUCUCCCGAGCGUUCCUCAUCAGGACGAACCAGAAAGAUUGUGACGGAGCUACAAGCUAGACAUUUACCAUAGAAGACCUUAAAAUACUAUUUAUACAUAGACCGACAUUGGAAUCCAACCAUCUAAAUGAUGAAGGAACAAAUGACGAUCAUAAAUUCGAAGGAUAUACCAGUGUUAAUGAGAAGAACAAAAGUAGUUGUUAAGACGCUUUAGAUUGUAUGUUCAAUUCCGUGAUAGGCAAUCAUGCAUUUACUAUUCAUAAACAAAUGCUUUUAGUGUCCAUUGUCAUGACCAUAAUUAUUAUCAUUUAGCUUAAAGCUUAUGAAAGU